UCACGUGGUUUCGCACCGCCCAAACGUCACACAAAAAUAGAGGGUUUGAGAAAAAAAGCAAUUUAUAAGCCAUUCACGCCUCGUGUUCUUUGCUGAUUUUAUAUAGUGAAGUUCGCCCGAAGGAUUACGGAAAGGUGCAAAAUGAUGGUAUCAACCACUCACCGAGAUAACUGGAGUGAACAUCAGACGACAAUGUUUUCUAGCCUCCAUGAAAAACAAAAGCAAGGAAAAUACUGUGAUGUUGUGCUCAAAUGCAUAGACUCUGAUCAAACAUUCAAUGCUCAUAGUUGUGUUUUAUCUUCCGCUUCAUCUGUUCUUGACAAAUUGCUCCAAGAUUCGAUGGAUGGAAAGUUACAAGUCACCUCCCCUGAGGGCUCGAUUGGAAAGAUUUUUGUUUUACUUCCAAAAGAUGUUGUGAGCUCAUGUAUGGACAGCCUUCUGAAUUACAUAUACAGUGGCAAUGUUGAUUUAUUCCAAACAAAAUCCCCUCAAAAAGGUAAGAUCAUAUCCAGCGUUAGAAAAUCAAAGAGGAUUUCAUCAUCAAAGAUUAAACAUGUUGAAGCAUCAUCAACAGCCGUAGAUGAUACAAGUAUAGAUUCAUCAUUGCUUAAUGCCUUUUUGAAAGCUUCAAGAUGUCUGGAAAUCAAAACUUUAACAGAGCAUCUUGAGUCUGCUGUUACACUUACAGAAAUGAAAAUGACUGAGGUACAGAGCCCUGAAAGACCACAAAGGUCUUCUGUUUCUAAAUUUGAUUCUUCAAAAUCCUCCUCCUCCUCAUCUGAUAAUACCCCUGCUGUUCUGGGUGGAACAAAGAAAAGUAAGAGCAAAAGUAAUAAAAAAUCUCAGGAAGUUCGUCCUUUAGCGUCCUCGUCCUCUAGCAGAAAUCAUAAAGCCAAGAAAAAGAAACACCUUUCUUUGGAAAACGAUGAAAGUAAUGACCUAAUGUUAAACAUCGAAAAGUCUGGUAAGAAACUCAGCGACCGAAAAUUCAAAAAAGACUUGGAAGAGAAUGAGGAGACUUUUGAUGAGCAGGUGGGACAUUCUACAAUUGCUGACAAUUCAUCUUCUGAAUUUUUUUGUAACAAAUGCCAAGAAACCUUCAAGAGCAGAUCUGCUCUGAAAAGACAUUUGUCACAGCAUACGAGUGAUGAACAAGUCCAACAAGUUGAUAGUUUUCCUAUGCGAGCGCAAAACACUGAACAAAUGUCCUGUUCUGUAUGUAACAAAAAAUUUACAAGUAUUUAUGUUAUGAAGCUUCACAUGAAAAAACAUGAAACAGAAGAGAAAAGAGGUGAACAAGUGGCAGAAGAGACUGUUUCGAACAAACAAUCAACUAAACAGCUUCACCAGGCAGAUAAAAACCAGACAACAACAUCUUCUAAAGUUCUGAGUCCAACCAGACCUCCGCAACGGGCAUCCGCAAAAAAAUUCCAAGAUAUGAUGAGAAGUACUUUUGCUAUUGAGAUUAACGAAUCUAUCAGUGAUAUAAAAACUGCGAAAAAUAAUCAGAAAUCUAAGAAAAAAGAACAGAUAUCAUCUGAAUCUGUAAACUUGUAUCCAGAAUCAGAACAAGCGAUGAAUAUGCAACUAAUCUCAUCAGAAACAAUGGCUAGUGUAGUACCAGAAAUAAGAGAUGACUCCAUUGUGAGUAAUUUGAAUUUAGUUUCUGAAGAAGAAGUUGCAAUGGAAUACCAGAUAUUAGAACCUGUGACUAAUGAUGGAAUUGGAAUGGUUGGGCAUAAUACUGAGAAUUCACAAGAAUUGAAUAGUAGCGGAGUGAUUCAAGAUUAUACAAUCACUGGUACUGGAUACUCUAAUGAUGCAAUUGGAAAUCAGCAGGAACCCGUUGAAGAACGUGCUGUCAUUCUAGAGCAAAACCAGGAUAUUGAAUAUGAUGAUGAAAGCAAUGAUGAUGAUUCAGAAUAUGUUAGAACAAAAAGAAGCAUGAAAGCAAAAAGGAAGAAGGGAAAAAAGAAAGAUUCUGAAGAAAAUAUCACUCCAGAAUCCCAAGCUUGCGACCUUUGUGGCAAAAUUACUUCAAAUGCAAAAAACAUGAUGAGUCACAUGAGAUCUCAUAACCGAGAAGAGUUGACAUGUUCUUAUUGCAAUCAAAAGUUUAAAUAUCGAUCGGCAUUGAAGCGUCAUCAACGUUGGCACACAGGAGAAGGACAGAAUUGUCAUGUUUGUAACAAAGUUAUUCAUACUCAACAAGAAAUGACUCAACAUUUAUCAUCUCACAAUGUUAAAAAAAUGAGAACACAAUGUACAUUAUGUCAGAAAUCAUUUACAAGUUUAUAUGUGAUGCAGCUUCAUAUGCGAACUCACAGUGGUGAUGAAUUAUUUGUUUGCGAUUUUUGUGGGAAGAAAUUUCCAUAUAAGAGCAGUUUGAAAAUGCAUAUGAGGCUUCACACGGGGGAAAGACCUUACAUCUGCUCUGUUUGUGGAAAAUGUUUUGUGCAAAAAAUUCAUGCAAAAGAACAUGAAUUACAACAUGCUGGAAUACGAAGAUUUCAGUGUGAAUUGUGUAUGAAGAUGUUUGCUCAUAAAUGUGGAUUAUCAAGACAUAUUGCUGAUAUUCAUUAUAAAAGCAGACCAUAUGUAUGUGAUCAAUGCGGAAAAAGUUUUCCAAGAAAAACAAAACUCGUUGAACAUACAAGAAGUCAUACAGGUGAGAAGCCCUACAUAUGUGGGUUGUGUGGAGCAAGAUAUAAAGCAAACAGGAGUUUGAAAGAACACAAGAAAAAGACACAUAAAUUAGUAGUAAACGAUUAUGAAGUUGGUAUAUGGAGGAAUGGAAUACCUCCUGCCGAAAUGAAGAAGCCUCUACCAAUGAGAAAGAAACGAAAGGUUAAGGUAACAGCAACAUUCAGUUUUCCUGUUCCUGAUCCAGACGAAAUAAAAAAUAUUGUUGAAGAUGCAAAUGCAGAAGAAGAAAAUAUAAUCAAUAAUAUUGCGAAGGAAGUUGAUAUCAUUUCAACCGAUGAAACUGAAGAGAAAAGUCCUGAUCCUUCUACAUCUAUAUCACUGACGACGGUUGAAUCUCAACAUGGCCCGCAACAUUUCACCUAUUCGAUGCCUGUUGCAACUGAAUAUCAAAAUAUUCAAUAUACUACUAUAAUAGAAGGAUCAAACUAUACAGAAAAGGCGUUACCACCGGCAUCCACUUUAACGAAAAUCAGUCACGGCACAGUUUUGCCAACAUAUCAACCAGCGAUGCAGGGUCAACCCACUUUUGUUGUUCCUCUGAAUGUCAGUACAAACUCUGCUAUCCCAGUCAUAGGUGAACAAGUAACUAUAGGAGGAGUCAGCCAUAUUCCUUCAGGAAUGAUGGUCACAUGUGUGUUGCCUCAACAGAUGGUUGGUGAAACAACAAGUAUCAGUCCAGUCGCAAUAACAGAAGGGUUGAGCAACACAACACAAAUGUCAAGAUCUGCAUCAGUCCCACCUAUGUCUACCUUCAGACGUAAGGUUGGUCCUAUUAUAUCAGAUCCAGUCAAUUCUGAGUCAACCUUUCAGACAACAACUACUCCGGUAUCGUCCUUGCCAGGAAUGCAUACAUUUCAGCCAGUGCAAUUCCAUAUGGAUGCUGCUCAAUUGCCUCAAAUGCUCACAGCUUUCACACAAAUGCAAACUGUGCCUGUCAUGGUUCCUGCAUCAACUGUAAUAUCUCAAGUGACCGAACCUAUGGCAGAAGGGGAAGGUGGGGAACCGGAUAUCGUUGUUCAUGAGCAAACAGCUGAAUGGCAUUCCACCGAGUAUUCCAGCGUGGAAUCUUGAAUAUUUUUUAACUUUUUUUCAUUAGAAAAUCACUGUUACAUGAUCAUGAUAUAUGUUGAUUCUUUCUUUCUGUUGCAUGGCAUUCAUUGAAGUAAAGUGUUUACUUAAUGCUUAAUAUUUUCUGCAUUUAAAACCUAAUUAUAAUCAGAAAUGUAAUCUGUA